AUUACUUAAAAAGUAUUGUAAAUUGUAACUAAUCUGAAUAUGGGCUUGUUUAGUAGAUAAUGUGACAGUCCAUCAAACUUUAGCGCUGUUAAUUGAAACUUGUGGUACCUAAUCAACAAGAAAAUCAUGGAAGAGGCUACUCUUCCACUACAUUUGGAUCCUAUCCAGCAAACUGAAAGGUGUGACAAAAGGCUUUGGAUUGGAAAUCUGGAUUUGCGGGUUAAUGAGUAUCAACUACUGAAAAUGGUCCGCGUGUACGGCACUAUCGAGAAGUUUGACAUGCUGUUCCACCGCAGCGGGCCGAGCGCUGGCCAGCCGCGGGGCUUCGCCUUCGUCACGUAUAAGCUGAAGCAGGACGCCGUCAAUGCCAUGAACUCCUUGAACGGACAGCUCUUGGGUUCCAAGAGGAUAUGUGUUAAAUUUGCUAAGAACACUUCAGAUGACCAGGACAAACCAAAGCCAGAGCUGGGCAUAGCAGCACUGAGUGGGGUUAAACCAGAGUUAAAGCUCAGCAAAAAGACAGCCAUCCAGUCCAUUGAAGCCAAGCUCAAGAUGAUGGAAAACAUGAAAGCAGGAGACGACUUUGUGAUCAACAAACUUGCGGCCAACGAGACACCUAUCAUCACACAGUAUCAGACUAGACAUCAUCAGCCACCGAAUAAAACUCAAAGUUCAUUUAAACGGAGACAUCCUUAUCAUAAGAAAAGAUAAAUUAAGUUAAAUUAACUUUUAAGUAGUAAAUAAAAUUAUAGUUCAUUUGUGCUAAGAAAAUAGUGUUCAGUUAAUUAACUCUUUUUUUUGAACCCGCACUGGGUUAGUGCAGGCCGUCCUCACCCUAAUUGCCAUCUUGAGGUCUCGACCUGUCACAUACCAACUAUAAAUUUAAUCCUUAUUUAGUGGUCACUGUAGAUGUGUGAGCUUUUGUUACUAUUUUUUAAUGCAAAUGAACUAUAAACUCAGGUUUCGAAAUCUCCAAACUCCAAAUAUUGCUUGAAAUUAGUGAGAGGCAACUUUUUCCUUAGAUCUAAAAAUGUUCAACAAUAAGUGUAAGACCCACUUGCACAAUGACAACUGAACUGUUAUAUAGUGCGUAAAAAAUGAGUUCUCACGCGCCAUUUUUACUUUACAUGACAAAUAUCAUGUCAAUAUCAAUAGUAUGAUUUUAGUACUUAUUUUAAAAAUGAACUGUACUUUUGACAUGACAGUUGACCCAGAGUUAAAAUGGCGCGUGAGAAGUCAUUUUGUAUGGACUAUACCUCGACUUUUUAAUGCACAUUAUGAUCUCUCCAAAAAGUGACAGCAUUAAAAAAUUUGACUAAAUCAGUUUAAUUAUUGCCACUGUACAAGUGGGCUUAUGAAUGAAGGUGGAUUCAUAUUUUGUCUGACGAGCUGACGUGUAGUAACGUGACGCAUCAGAAUGGAAUCGGUUUUGUAUAUUACAUGCUAUAGUUCGCGACAGGUCGACAUGGCAAUCGGGGUAUGAGGCGUGGGGACACCCCGCAUGUCACCCGUGCUAUCCCGCACCGGAUUAGCGCGUGGCUACACGGGUAUGCUGGGCGUCCCCAAUCGGAAUGUCACGUCGACCUGUCGCUUCAGAAGCGAUCGCGGUUUGCGUCAGAGUGGCGGGGGAAACGACACCAUCACGACACAUCACAUGUGUAAGCGCCAGUACUGUGUUUUGACGCGUCAGAGUCAUUUUUUGUUAGAGCUGCGGCUGAAUUGAUCCAAAAUAUCGUCAGGUGUCAGAACAUGACAUAUAAGUGUGAAAACUAGCCAAAAUGUCACAACACGACACGUGUCGUCACGUCAAACAACUAUAAAUCCACUUUGACUUAGUAGAAAUAAUAAGCUUAAAUAUUCAGGAGAUUAUUUCAUAUCAAGGCAUUUUAAGACAUGAUCUUGCCAAAUUAUCUGCGUCGUAUUCAUUGCUGAGCGUUGUAACCCAUUGCUUUAAUAACAUAAAUGUGGGGUUUCCCCAGUUCCUUCUGCAUACAACUCUAUUAAAGUAUCUACACGUGUUUCAACAAUUAUUGUUAAAGCUAGUCAAAUCCGGACCUCCAAAGUUGGUCAUCCAUCCAGUUCCCGACUUGGGUCAAUGUUGCGUAACCAGCAAAAUCGACUGAUAUGCGCUGUAGCAUUUAGACGAAACUCUGCGCUCCUCUCCUGUGUUUUUGUCCCAAAAAUUCUGUUACCUGGAAAUUGAGCUAAGAGAAAAAUUGCGCGGUAAAACACUAGUGCAGCCUUGCCCUUAUGUUCGAUUUUCAGUUCAAUGAAAAAAAUGAUUUGGUAUGAAAUAUUAUCCUGAAUUUAAUAAAAUUCUUGUUCAAUCUUAAUAGGAUUUUUUCAACAGUAUUCUAAUAUUUAAUCUCGACAAAUUAUGCUAAUUACUAUUAAUAUUAUUUAUUUUGUGAAAUUCUAUUAAUAAUACCUAUGGUGUUCAAUUAAUUAUAUAUUUGUGAUGUUUGUGCUCGUAUGUACGCGGCCUUAAAUGUGUUUUCAUUAACAGUUGUCAAUUUAUAAAUGCGAGAGGGCUUUUGGUUCGUCUCAGCUCAGUAAAAUGAGCAUACUGAACUGAGUAAACUAUUGAAUGAAAGUAGUGGACGUAGCCUUGAGCGCUCGGACGUCCUAUAAUUUGUUUCGACUUUAAUAGAGUAUUACCUACCAAUAAAACUUACCUAUUAUUUUUCCUUGAAAUAUCCAGAAAAUGGAUUCAGGAUAUUGAUGAUGGAAAAAAUAAUGAUAAUAAUCUUGACAGCUGAUUAUUUAGUGAAUGAUGUUCUGUUGGUGAGAGCUUAGUUGUAUGAAUAAAAUCAUGUUUUAAUAAAUACAUUUAUUAUUUAA